AUGUCGAAAAGAACAUUUCGGAUGUUCGUGGAGGAAGAAUUAGGCGAAUUCCCACAUUUUGUAGUAGGGGCUAUACUAGAAUGGUUCCUAAUAGCUUCCCUUUUCGUCGAUGGAUUCUUAGCGUUCAUUUCUUACAAAUUUGCAAUGAUCUUUCAGUUGGAUCCCCCGUGUGUCCUUUGCACACGAAUAGACCAAUCCCUUGCGGGUACUAACCCGAGUUCCUACUACAAUGACUCAAUAUGUGAAUCUCACAAGAAAGACAUAUCUUCAUUGGCUUAUUGCCAUUUCCAUAGAAAACUAUCUGAUAUCAAAACCAUGUGCGACUGUUGUCUACUAUCAUUUCAAACAUGCAAAGAACCGGAUUCUAAUGACACUAAAAAACCUGUUGAUAAAGAAGUAGGUAUCACUAAUGGUAGCGAUCAGAAUCUGAAACUGAAACUCGUCAAGACAAAAGACAAUAACGUUAACGCUCAGGCAGUUGAGUUGAGCAAGUGUUCUUGUUGUGGUGAAUCUUUUAAGAAGAGAACUUCCUCUAAAGCUUUUGUUAGAAUUCCUUCAAACCUUCGUGCUUCCUCGUUUGCACCGGCCUUUUCUCCUAGAGUACCUUUGACACCAAUGGGAUGGAGACAUGAUGAUGCAAAGGAUCUGGAAUUGGCUAAUAUUAAAUAUACAGAGCUCAAGUUUAUAUCUGAUAACGAAUCAGAUGUACCAGAAAACGACCGUGGAGUGAACACAGAUUCCCAAAUUGUUAAAGACGACGUAAAAUCCACAGCCACGGCACUGCUAGCAGAUUCUGAAGAGCUCAAUGAUGAGUUUUGCAUAACGCCAAGGUUUGGAAAGGGAAACAAGUUCUUUGGGGUACCUCUUGCAGACUCGGUAACAGUAAACAGUCCAAGAUUUGCCCGCAAACUUUCAAAAAAGUUCCCAAUGGAAAAACCCGAAUUAGUUUCUGAUCCUAGCGAUGACAUACCAGUUGAAGGUGAUUCUAUUCUUCAUCACCUAAAAAGACAGGUGCGCGCGGAUAGAAGAAUGCUAACAGUGUUAUAUCAAGAACUUAACGAAGAACGUAAUGCAUCAGCUAUUGCAGCAAAUAACUCAAUGGCUAUGAUCACACGAUUGCAAGCUGAGAAAGCAUCUAUUGAAAUGGAGGCAUUGCAGUAUCAGAGAAUGAUGGAAGAACAAGCUGAGUAUGAUCAAGAAGCUAUUCAGAUACUUAAAGAUAUGCUUAUUCAAAAGGAGAAAGAUAUCAAGAUUAUGGAAUUAGAACUCGAGAAUUAUAGAGAGAGAUAUGGGCCAAUUAAGAAACACAGUAGAUAUGAAUCUAUAGGUGAGGACGAUGAGCGUUACCAAGAGAUCAAAAGGCUCCAGGAAAUGAAGGAGGCUAAAAGAUUAAACUUUGAAACUCAAAGAUCUCAGCUUUCGAUUAUGUUAAAUGAUCUGGAAAAUCUCAUACAGUCAUCAUCGGAUGCAGGAGAUCAUGAAGAUAAACAUAGAGGAGAAGAAAAGAAAGUGACCUUGGAAAGAGAGAUGUCGAUAAUUAAGGAAAGGAUGAGCGUUAUCGAAGCAGACAGUGGCUACCUGGAUGACACUGCAAUGACUUUUCAAAAGGGGGAUGAAAGAGCUGGCCUUUUUACAGAAAUAGCUCAAAAUCUUCGAAAGCUCAGGACAUGAACUUGCAUAAACCUAAGGAUAAUAGGAUCAAUUUGAUAU